UUAGACUAACUAAUCUUGUAACUCAAAUGUUUGUGUAGUUAUGAUUGAAGUGAAUAAAACUCCAAAGGAAAAAUAAAUAUCGAAUGCAUCCCCCGCCUCUCUCCGGGUCUGGGUCUGAUAUUUCCUCCUCCUCCUCCUCAUCAUUGUUUGAAUCUCUCUCUCAUUCUCACGACGAAUCCGAUUCAUUUUGAUUCUCUCUACGGAUUCAAUGAAACCGCAUCUUCGUUGCACAUAGAGAUUCAAUUUCUCAUCCAUCCACUGCUGCUUACUUCACUUGUGUCGCAAGGGUUUACGUCUAUUCUUAACUUCACCUCUCAGAUUUCUUCCUGCUAGUUGAAUUUGAAGGCUUUAAUCUGUGACUUUUGUUAUAUGAUGUUAAUACUUGUUGGUGGAACUUUUGAUUAGUGAUCGGAAGAUCUCAUAAUGUGCUUUAGGUUUUAUAGAAAAUGCUUUAGUUGCCCAAUUAUGGAAUGUAAUUAGCCCUGUCAAUGUAAUAUGGCGAUGUUAUAUCUAUCGAAAGUUAGGGAUUAAUGGUGUUCCUGUUUGAAGUUGUUAGUUCCACUUAGGACUCUGGAUAGAUCAAGUGUGUUGUGAUUCAUCUUUGGUGGAUAUGGAAGAGACACAGGGUGGAUUAAGGAGCUCAGAGCAAGGGUCUUCUAGUAAUAAUACAUGGUGGCCUUUGGAGUUUGUUGAUAAAUUCCAAUCGGUUUCGUUGGAAUCGAAGAAAGAAACUGCAACUCAUAGAAGAUCUAUGAGCAGCAGUACAUAUGACAGGUUUUCAUCUCAAUCUCAAUCAGCAUCACAGACCCUCUGGAGUACCGGAGUGCUUUCUGAACCUAUUCCAAAUGGUUUCUAUUCGGUUAUUCAUGAUAAAAGGCUGAAAGAUCUUUUUGUUGAUAUUCCGACGUUGGAGGAUCUCCAUGAUUUGGAACUGGAGGGUGUGAAAGCUGAUAUUAUUCUUGUUGAUUUCCAAAAAGAUAAGAAGCUUUCCAUGCUAAAACAACUCAUUUCCACCCUAGUGAAAGGUCUGAACUCAAAUCCCGCAGCAAUUGUUAAAAAGAUUGCUGGAUUGGUGUCAGAUUUCUAUAAGCGGCCACAAUUUGAUAGCCCCAUGAAAGCUACACUCGAGGAUGCUUCUCACGUGCCUGGUGGUCGAGGUGUGCAGCUGUUGGGGCAUAUUAAAAAUGGUUCAUGCCGCCCUCGAGCAAUACUUUUUAAAGUUCUUGCUGAUACUGUAGGUUUUGAAAGUAGACUUGUAGUGGGGUUACCUAAUGAUGGAGUUGGGGAGUGUAUAGAUUCAUAUAAGCAUAUGUCUGUAGUUGUUGUUCUGAAUUCUGUAGAACUUCUCGUUGAUCUUAUGCGAUUCCCGGGUCAACUCAUACCCCAAUCAACGAAGGCGAUUUUUAUGACCCAUAUCUCUGGAGCUGGAGAAAGUGAUUCUGCAGAAAAUGACUCAUGUGAUUCACCACUUGAACCGAACAGCCCUUUAUAUGGUGUUUCAGAGAGGAUGGACAAUGAGAGUUCUGACAAUCUCCAUUAUCAGCGGAGAUUGGAAUCAUCUUUAAAUGCACCUGGGCCUUCAUUGAGGAGUAAUAUGUUGCGUUCUGCAUCCUCCAUUGAUGGAAAAUGGAGUUUAUCCCAUAGCGAACCAGAUAUUGCUGCUACAUUUUGGAGAAGGAGCCGAAGGAAAGUGAUAAAUGAACCAAGAACUGCAAGUUCAAGUCCAGAGCAUCCUUCCCUUCGGGCACGUGGGCGGUCCAUGCUUAGUGGUGAUAGGAGAUCAUUUAGAGACUAUCCUGAUGACGUUGGUCCAUCAAGGUCACAAGGCACAUCAAUGUCUGAACAUCGUAGAAAUCGAAGAAGGAGCAUAAGUAUUACUCCAGAAAUCGGUGAUGACAUAGUCAGGGCUGUAAGGGCAAUGAAUGAAACAUUAAAGCAGAAUCGACUGCUGAGAGAGCAGGUGGAUACUAGGUUGCAGAAGAAUCCAGACCUCAAGAAAGAUGAUCAUGAGCAUGACGUGACAUCUGUAUAUUCUCUAAAGAGGGAUUCUCAAAAGGCAAUGUCAUUACCUACAUCUCCUCAUGAAUACCGGAAUCCAAAAGCUUCUGCUGAUAUUUCAGAUGAAUCAGUCUCAACAUGGAACAAAAUUCUCGAAUCCCCUAUGUUCCAAAAUAAGCCUCUUCUCCCAUAUCAAGAAUGGAAUAUUGAUUUUUCUGAAAUUACUGUUGGCACUCGAGUUGGAAUUGGAUUUUUUGGGGAAGUUUUUCGUGGCAUUUGGAAUGGAACAGAGGUAGCAAUAAAGGUUUUUCUUGAACAAGAUCUCACAGCUGAGAACAUGGAAGAUUUUUGUAAUGAAAUAUCCAUUCUCAGUCGCCUUCGACAUCCAAACGUUAUAUUGUUUCUUGGUGCCUGCACAAGGCCUCCACGGUUAUCAAUGGUUACUGAAUACAUGGAGAUGGGUUCAUUGUAUUACUUGAUCCAUUUAAGCGGACAAAAGAAGAAACUCAGUUGGCGAAGAAGACUAAAAAUGCUUCGUGAUAUAUGCAGAGGGUUAAUGUGCAUUCAUCGAAUGAAGAUAGCUCAUCGCGAUAUAAAAAGUGCAAACUGCCUGGUGAAUAAGCAUUGGACAGUAAAGAUAUGUGAUUUUGGGCUGUCAAGAAUGAUGACAGAAUCUCCUAUGAAAGAUACCUCAUCAGCAGGCACCCCUGAAUGGAUGGCUCCUGAACUUAUUAGAAACGAACCUUUUACUGAAAAGUGUGAUAUUUUUAGCCUCGGAGUCAUUAUGUGGGAGUUGUGCACUCUCAAUCGACCAUGGGAAGGUUUGCCACCAGAGCGGGUCGUAUAUUCUGUCGCCAACAAAGGUUCACGGCUGGACAUCCCUGAAGGUCCUAUCGGGAGGCUAAUUGCUGAUUGCUGGGCAGAACCACAGGAUCGACCAAGUUGUGAGGAGAUUCUGACUCGUCUGCUGGACUGCGAUUAUACUCUUUCUUGAUCAAAUCAAUAUGGAUUGGAUGGAGACUUAUAUAUAUAUAUAUAUAUAUACACACACAUACUGCACAGCAAGCAAAGGAUUGGGGAUUCAGUGGUGUAUAUAUAUAUAUAAACACGUAGUAGAGGCUUUACAAAACUUUUGUCGGCUCAUUGAGGAUUUGAUUUCUGUAUAAAUUUCGAUAUUUGGAUCAAAACUAGUAAAAUUUCCAAUCACACAACUCUUUAAAUAAA